ACACUCAAGAUAGAAAAUUAUAGCAAGAUAGAAAUUUAUGCUACACGGCAGAGUGACAACUAAACUUGCUAUCGCGACCGAACAACAACAUUCCAAAAGACUCUAUAUUUUUAGGAUUUUUUGAUGAAAAGUUGUUAGCUGCAAAAAAGAACCGUUUUUGCUCGGUCAGCUCAAAGGGGAAACAAAAGCCGUCUGCGCAAAAAGGUCCUUUUCGGAAGCUAAUAACUUUCAGCAAAACAUCCUAAAAGUAUGGAGUCUUCUGGAAAAUUGUUAUUAAUUUAGUAAAGGUUCUACAUCUACAUUGAUAAAGAAUUGACGACUAUUGCACCCUCCACAGGUAAAAAAACUGAAACAGUUGCUUUUCUCCAUACAUUUUGACGAUUUUUCCCAUACACUCAACCCCCGGUGGUUGGUCACUUUUUCGUUUGACACCGAGGGGUGGCUAACUUCCGCCUUGGUCCAGCGUUGAAAUUCCUUUUUCAAAACCAUUCACCGUUCGCUCCUUUUUUUCACCUUACUUGACCUUUUAUUGCUUUAACGCGCCUUAGCUCGCCUUUUCUGUUGCCUUUUCUUGCGUUCGCACUUCAGACUGCUCGAUUUUUUUGACAACGAGAACUGUCAAGAGCAAAUGACAGAUCUCGUUGUCAAAUCAGUCGAGCAGUUUGUUUUGAACUUUUAAUUUUUUUCACGUUCACAUUUGUUGGACAAAGGAACCUGUGCCGCGGAGAAAACGGUAUUACGCGGCUACCGGUGGCCAAGCCGGAGAAGCAUCUGAUAAUACCGGCUUUGUUGUUACGACGACGGCGAGAACUUUCCGAGAACUGCUCGCUGGUUCGGGUGGCAGCAUCUUAGUCUCCCACCAGGGCCACCCUGAAUUUGCCCGCGGCCAUGCAAGUUUCGCUUACGAGUUACAACUAAAACCGUCGUUGAUUUAGCAAGUGACGGUUGUCCAACUGCACUAAAGUCUACACAGCUCAUGCCACAAAACUGCGACCUUCACCAGCAACAACACCAUCAUCUACGGCGGCACCAGCCGAAGCUAACCCAAGGGCCGAACUGAACAUUUUUCCGGCGGAAACACAAAAACGGCCACGUUGCCGCUUAACCGCACGACUAUCAUUUUCGUUUACUGCCAUCAAAGUUCCCGUUCGAUUAUCUCGACCAGGACAUGUGAGAAUCCAUGAAAAUCGUGCAAAAUGGCCGCCACUAGAAAGGACAUCGAAAAGGCCGCGACCCUUCACCGGAACCGCGUCACGCUGAACUUGCGCAAUGUCCGCAGCCUGGAGAAGGUGUGCGCUGACCUGAUCAGCGGCGCCAAGAAGCAGAAGCUACACGUUAAGGGCCCGGUUCGCAUGCCGACCAAGAUCCUGCGUAUUACGACGCCUUGCGGUGAUGGUUCCAAAGAUCGCUUCCAGAUGCGCCUGCACAAGCGUAUCAUCGAUCUGCACUCGCCGUCCGAGAUCGUCAAGCAGAUAACCUCGAUCAACAUCAAGCCCGGUGUAGAGGUCAAGGUCACCAUCGCCGACCCUUAAGCUGGAUAGUUCCACCACAAUCCGGAAUGUGAAGCAGAUUUCCGGUGAUGGCCGGCGGUAGAGAGCGUAAAAGGUCCAACGCGGAUAUUUGAGGCCUUUGCUGCUCCGGCUGGGCGUUUGCAAACACCAACACGCAAAUAAACUUUUUAUAUUAAAAGCUUUCACAAAACAAAACACAAAAUAAAUUCCUUCAGUGAAGCCCAGAAGGUACAAAUCGCUCAAAAGACCGGAUACGUCUUCAGAUUGGAUUACUUCAAUGUCAUUGCUAUUCAACUUCUCCAUGUGAGUCCACCAAGUGCAUAGAAAGAAAAGUGUUGCAUGUCGAUGAUUUUAUAUUGCAUGACUUUAUUUUCUACUUUUACUGAAUAAAAAAAAAGUGCGGGAAAAGUGUAAGAGGUCUUUCCAUACAAUUAUAAGUAUUAUUAGUAUCGUUUUUUUGUAAACCCUAUUAAAUCCUAUUAAAAUCUCGCCGUGUCGAGUUCGUUGAUGUACUUUUUGAAACUGAUGUCAUAUGCGGAUCUGAGUUGAGU